AUGGAAUCCGCAAUAACGAAAGCAAAAGCAUGGGCAGCCGCCCAAACGGUGAUAGACAGUACGCGUUGUAAUAUGUCCAUACACUCCGGAUCAGCCCCACUGGGGGAACGGUGUCAGAUUGACGGUGCAUGGAAAGUGACGGAAAGUCGGGCAGGACUUGGAUGGUACAAUGUUGAUCCGGUAUCAGGGUCAAUUUUGAUUGGGUCCAGCAAUCUACGGCGGGGCUUGUCCCCUCUCCAGACAGAAUUGGAGGCACUAAUUUGGGCUAUGCAUAGUAUGCUAGCUCAUGAUAAACGACGGAUAAAAUUCCAAACAGACUGUGCUCAGUUGGUGAAGAUGGUGUCCAAACCGGCAGAGUGGCCAGCUUUUGCGAUCUUAGUUGAAGAAGUGGAGAAAUACAAAGGGGUGUUCCAGGAGUUCUCGCUCACACACAUCCCCAGGACGAAGAACACGAAGGCAGACAAGCUAGCACGGAGUGCUCGAACUCAGCCUCACGAUGUGUACUACAUAAACUCAGUUCCACCGGCCCCGCUUCCCGGACCGGCUUAG